CGCCGCCGCCAUGGAGCGGCGCGUGGCGGAGCAGCUCCGCAGCACGCUGGGCCCGCUCGGCCUCGAGGCGCACGCCUUAAAGGUUGGGUGGUACAAUGCUGUUCUCCAGCCAGCCUUCCACCUCCCCUACCCAGAUGACACGCUGGCCUUCGUGGUCCUCAGCACGCCGUCCAUGUUCGACAAGGCCCUUAAGCCUUUUGUGAGCAAAGAACGGUUAAAAAUAAUCAGGGAUCCUGUGGAUCAGUGUGUUUCCCAUCAUUUGUCACGUCUGAAGGAGAAAUUCCCUGACCAGAGGGUGGAUAUCAUGUUUGAUUACGAGCUGCUGCCGAGCCGAAAGCCCAAGUUCCUGGCACAGACAGCUGCCCACGUUGCUGGAGCUGCAUAUUACUACCAAAGGAAGGAUGUGAAGCUCGAUCCUUGGGGGAAAAAGAAGAUCUUUGGCGUUUGUAUCCAUCCCAAGUACGGUGGCUGGUUUGCUAUCCGAGCUCUGCUGCUCUUCCCGGCCAUCCAGGUGCCGUUCCUGGAGCAGCCCCGCCCUGUGGACUGUGUGAGCUCCGAGGAGAAGAGGAUUGAGCUGCUCGAGCAGUUCAAUUUCCACUGGCAGGACGGCCGCUACAGGGACAUCAUUGAAGUGAAGGAGAGGUACUCGGAGGAGCAGAAAACCUACUUUGCCACUCCUCCAGCCGAGAGAUUGCGGCUGCUGGGGCUCUCGCAGGAAGCGCAGAGAAUCGCAUUUCACUGAGAAAGCGGCUCCGCGAGGGCAGAGGGCAGCAAAGGGCAACUCAUGAGCGCGGCUUUUCCCGGUGCCGAGGGGGAGGAGGAGGAAGGUUAUGCUGGUACAGACGUGGCAAAUCCGAGCAGCCUCAAUGCAAACAUUGCAAUCAAAGCUUCCCUGAGAGAGGAGCACUGCUCUGCCGUCUGUGCUGUGCUGCUGCUGAUCUGGGCUGGAGCCCAGUAAGCUGCCAUUAGCCUUUGGUUGGGAGUAGUUUAGACAUCCUGGCAAAUUUAAAUCCAUGCUACUUGGAGUAGUUUAGACACCCUGGCAACUCCAAAAUCCAUGCUGCUUAUUAGAAAAAUCACUUUUGUUCUCAAUAAUUUUCUUUCUGAAUGUUCUGUUUUUAUUCUUUGUAGGUGUAAAAAAAACAUCAAUCAUUGAACUGCUUAGUUAGAUUUUGUCUAAACUUGGGGCAGGUACUUUUUUAGAUGUUGCCAGCAUUUUAUUAACCCUCCCUAGGGAACGCAUGUCCAGUCUUUACAGUCUUGCCUAGGUCACAUUUAAGCAUUUAUCCAUUCAUAGAGCUGACUGGAAUUAAUAUUUGGAAAGAUGCUGAGUAAUGUCCAUAUGAUUGGAGGUUUUAUUCACAUUAAGAUAACUGACUGAAAAAGACAAUUCUCGUGGCCUUUUCUAAGGUAGACCACAUUUGUGUUAAAAGUAUUUUUCAGUGCCAGCACACAGCACACCCCUCCCCACAGUUACUGCCACAGUUUCCUGGUGUGUUUUCUUUGUGGGAAAGAUUGUAAACCUGCACACAUGUAAAAGCCAUGGCACAAGGCCUUGUCACAUGCACAGGCAAACAAGCACAGAAGAAAGGGAAAUAUUAAUGACAUUUAUGUUACUUAUAUUCCUGGAUUAAACAUGUUCAGACAGAAGCAACAUUUUUUCCAUGACUUUGUCCUGUUACAUUUGUUCAGAGGCUACAGUGCACCUGGAAAUCAGGAAUUAAUUUCUCUUUGAGCAAUUUGAGGCUCAGACCUCGUUAAAGUAAUAUAAUACAUUAAAAUAAUAUUUAAUGGGAGUUGUUUUACUAGACUGCAGUGCAAUGCUGCAAAUGGACAGGCACUUUUUUCCUUUUGAGGGUACUAACAUGAUGAAGAAAUACUCACUUUGCAGAACUGAGCCCUUUCUUUUUACAUUGGGAUUCUUCAAAGCUUUGGAGACUCCACCAGGACGGUUGCCCUCACCAUUGUUCACUGCUUGAUACAGUUGCUCACAGUCUGUACACUAACUCAUUGUAAUCCAAAUUCAGGAUAACAAGUUUGCUGCCCUGUAAACAGAGUCGUGAGCGUGUGAUCACUGGGUUUGUUCACUACAUUUGCUGUUACAAAAAAGUCUUUGUUGCUUUCCAUGCUUUGUUCAUCUCUAAGGCAGACACCUGACAUAGAAUGUGAUAGAGGUAUUGUGAUGUUUAAUUUAAGGUAAAGAAUGAAAUUUGUUUAAAAUCUGUUCUUUUGUUACAGAAUUACUCCUGUUUCAAAUUUGUUUGAUGUUUCAGAACUUUGAAACUGAACUGUAAUUUACCAGGGGCUUGAGGUAAUGGCUCAUACUCAUAACAAAGACAAAAUACUGAUUCACUUAGAAGGAUAAAUAUAGAUUUGAAUCAAAUCUAUCUUUUUAUAUUACAAUUUAAAGUAAAUUAUUUUGAUCUUUUGGUAUUGAUUUCUUACAAAUAUUUAAUAUUUUGUCUUAAUUUAUUAAACAGAUUACCGUGGUCAAUGCAUUUCAAUUUCUGUAAUUUAUUUCUCUUCAAAUGGUAUUUUGGUUACUAAAUAUACAAAGUUGUAAGUAAAUCUCAGUACUGAGUAUUUUUAUUUAAACAAUGCAGUUCUUAACUUGUGGAGAACUCAAGAUGUUCAAGAGAGAAUCAAUAAUGGUUUUUUUAAUAUCCUGGAAAGAGUGAGCUACCUAAGACACACACAGUAUCUGCAAACUAAGGGAAAAAAUGGUUAUCUUAGCAGAAGGUGGUAAACUGUUAUCACAGGCCACUGGGAUAUGAAAAAUAAAACCUGCAUCACAUUGUGAGUAAGUCCAAUAAAGGUUUAUCUUUCCCAGGUCACUUCAGCAAAAGCAUUAUAACAGCAAGCACCAUGAUAGUGCACUUCUCAUUUCUUCCUCUGUUCUUAACAGUAACAAAAGUUCCAGAUGUCCAGUGAGACAUAACUGAGGGACUUUUCCUCAAUAGCACUAAAGUAAGGCCUGUGGGUACUGGAAUUUUUACUGGUUAAAACCUAUUAGUGAACAGUGAUCUGUGUUCCUUGUGCUUCUGGGAAUACACAGUUGUGUCAGGCAGAACAGAGUGCAAAUAUUUAGCAAUAUCCAUUCCUGCUACAGUGAUUUUGGAGUGACUUGGACUGGGCAUUACUUUCCCUGAGGCAGCUCACUGAGAUCACAGCUGCACAGUGAGAUACACAGUGAGUAGAUUUCUCCCCUUGCUGGUUGCAGUAUAAUGGCCUUUGUUUUAUAAAAUUGAAGUUUGAGAACCUGUUUGACUUACCUCAUCUCUUGGGACAAGACCAGACAUGGUGAGGAAUGGAUCAGCCUUGGAUCCUGAGGCAUUGUGAAGGCAUUCUUAGUUUCAGCCCUUGCAAAUGUCAAACAAGUAAUUGCAAAUACGUGGAUAGAUUUACUAGUUCAAGCAUCACAUUUUACAUUUUUUAAGCAAGUUGUUCUCUAAAUCCUAAUUUUUAAACAUUUAUUAAAGACUCUUCCUCAGUAUAACCUGUAGGGUGAGUAUUAAAGAGCUGAACAGGAAAAAUAAAAGAAAUUAAAAGCUAUUUGAAUUUAAAUUCAGUUUUAGCAACAAGGUAUUCAGUACAUUUCAAGCUAAUAAAAUGUUUAUGGAGAAUUAAUAAAUUUGUAAUAGCUUCAUGCAUUUACCAUUCUUACUAUCCUUAGUUUUCCCCUAUUUUUUAUUUUUCCCUAAAAAUAACUGAGAUUUUAAUAACAAUUAAAGAUUUGACAGACAAUACCAAUUAAAUACAAAGCACAAUCUAACCUGGUUACCAACGACCAUCAGUUGUUGCUCAGAAAACACCUCCAAAAACACUGUUGGUGAGUUUUGGUACCAGUUUGAAUCAGUUACAUCUCAGUGGUACAAUAAUAAACACUAAAGUUACUUUGCAGCAUGAAGAAGAGCGUGGCAAACUUAAUUCCUGAUACUGACUUUUUCUUUCUCCCAUAAAAAGAGUGGCUUGUAACAAUGCUGUUUUCCUCUGAACUAUGGAAAACUAAAGAUGCUUUGCUGUGUAAA